GCCGCUAGAUGCACAGUGUAUGUUUGUUGGGGUUUUGGUUUAGUUGUGUAUCAAAAUGGGCUCACAGAGGCCAGAGCAUACUUCCACUAACGUUUCUAAAGUAGUUAGUAAGCCUUACGGUAAAGUAGAAUUAUCACUUAAUAAUGUCUUACUACCAGAAGAUAAACUCAACAACACGCCCUCAAUACUGGAUGGUAUGGAUCCAGAAACAGAAACUGAUCUCAGAAUUUUAGGAUGUGAGCUCAUACAAACAGCUGGUAUUUUGUUGAAGCUACCUCAGGUAGCAAUGGCCACUGGACAAGUUUUAUUUCAACGAUUUUAUUAUUCAAAGUCCUUUGUUAGGCAUAGCAUGGAUACACUAGCAAUGGCUUGUAUUUGCCUUGCAUCUAAAAUAGAGGAAGCACCCAGAAGAAUCAGAGAUGUUGUUAAUGUUUUUCAUCAUAUUCGACAAGUGAAUGCCCAGAAACCAAUAGUACCCCUGGUUCUGGAUCAGCAUUACAUCGCCCUAAAGACACAGGUCAUAAAAGCUGAAAGAAGAGUUUUAAAAGAACUAGGUUUUUGUGUUCAUGUAAAGCACCCUCAUAAGAUAAUUGUAAUGUACCUGCAGUUGUUGAAUUUUCAAGACAAUAGAGACUUCAUGCAACUAUCAUGGAAUUAUAUGAACGAUGCACUAAGAAGUGACGUCUUCAUGAGAUACAAUCCAGAAACUGUUGCGUGUGCUUGUAUAUAUUUAAGUGCUAGAUAUAUGAAUAUCGCCCUUCCGAAGCAACCUCCGUGGUUUGCACUUUUUAAGGUUACUGAAGAACAAAUUCUUGACGUUUGUCGAAGGAUUUUACUUCUCUAUAAAAGAGAUAAGGUGAAUCCUGAAGAGCUAGAAAAAAAAGUUGAGGAAUUGAAGAAAAUUUACCAAGAAUCCCGUUUAAAGAAUAAAGUUGUCAGCGGAGGAACGGCUGUUGCUGGUGGUAACGGUAGUGUCGUUUCUGGAAACAACACUCCUAACAGUAACAGUUCUCCAAAUAAUAGUCGGAAUAACCAUGGUGAGAAAAACAGGAGUAAAAGCCCAUCCAGGUCUAGCAGUAGAAGUCCAAAACAUAAACGAACGAAAGGACACAGGGCAAGGUCGAGAUCGGGCGAAAGAAGAAGCAAGAAGCAUCGUAGGAGAAGUUACACCCCCAGUCCUUCACCUCCAAGACAUUCCAGUAAACACUCGAGGGAAAAGACACGGUAUCGGUCAAGAUCUCGAAGCCCAGGUGCACGUUCAGGAAGUUACGACAAAUACUAUUCUAGUUCUGACAAAAAAUCAAGAUCCAAACAUAGAGAUAGCUACGAAGAAGUUAGAAUACGCAGUAGACAUUAAACAAUAGCGGUGAAUUUUGUAAAAUAAUAUUUAUUUUUACAACUACAAUAAGUGGGUGAUCUAUACGUUGAUAUCACCGUUUUAAUAAAAGACGUUUAUUAUUAAUGAAAUUCAUUAGUUUCUUACCUGUAAAGUGUAUAUUGUACAAAUAUAUUUAUUUAUAUAACGAGAAUAUACAGUGGACUAAACUGUUAAAUUUGUAAAUAUGUAAAUUAUGGAUGAAUAUUGUAUUAUUACAAAGAAUUAAUUUUUCAUAAAAAAAACAUUGUACAUGUGUUUGUAAAAAAGAAAAAUAUAUAUCUAUAUGUUUUUUCUUUUUUUUUAUCUUUUAAAUAUUAUCGAAAUUGGAAGAAUUGUCGUGAGGCAACAAUAAAUUUAUUUUGGAUUUUUUAUUUUUCCUUUUUUUAAUUAUACAUAUGUUAAUAAAAAUUGAAAUUGUC